CUAAAGUGCGCCAACCAAAGAUAACAUGUGGUUAGAAUGGCUAUCCCUGCUGGUGUCUUUCCAGGAUUAAAGUCAAACUCAAAUCUACACUUAUAUUCAAGUCUUCCCUCUUCUCUCUUGUCCAACAAGAAAGCGCUCAAUCGCUUCAACUCCGGAAUCCAUAAGCUUAAAACCAGAAGAUUACACAGCGAGGUGAGGCCUAAAGCUAUGUUUUUGGAAAAUCCAGUCAUGGGGGAUUUAAUUGCCACUGCAUUGUCCGGCGGUAUUGCCCUUUCCAUGCUUCGAUUAUGGGAAGAAACAGCAAAGAGAGGAGUCUUUGAUCAGAAAACAAAUAGAAAGCUUGUCCAUAUUAGCAUUGGGCUGGUCUUCAUGCUCUGCUGGCCAAUGUUCAGCUCUGGUCGCCAGGGAGCAAUUCUAGCAUCUCUUAUUCCUGGUCUCAACAUAAUAAAAAUGCUUCUUUUGGGACUAGGAUUAUGGAAGGAUGAUGCGACUGUCAAGUCUAUGAGCCGAUUUGGAGACCACAGGGAGCUUCUCAAGGGACCGUUGUACUAUGCCUUUACAAUCACUUUGGCUUGUGCUGUAUAUUGGAGAUAUUCUCCUAUUGCAAUUGGACUAAUUUGCAACCUUUGUGCUGGUGAUGGUAUAGCUGACAUUGUUGGCAGGAGGUUUGGAAAACAGAAACUCCCGUACAAUAAAAACAAAUCAUUUGCUGGUAGUAUUGCGAUGGCGUCUGCUGGUUUCUUAGCAUCCAUUGGAUACUUGCACUAUUUCUCCUUGUUUGGGUAUAUUCAGGAGAGCUCCCACACGGUUUUCGGCUUCUUGUUUGUGUCGCUUGCUGCAGCACUGGUAGAAUCCCAUCCUAUAAGCACCGAACUUGAUGACAACUUAACGGUUCCCUUAACCUCAAUGCUGGUGGGCAGUCUUGUUCUAUGAUAUCUGACUGUAUCCUUAUAUGGAUGGACUUUCAAACUUACAAAUACUAACUGAAAAUGGAAAUUUUGUUAGUCUAACCCUGGAUUGUGUAUCAGUAGUCCUGGUCAAUGUAUAAGCCACUGCAAUACAUAAUCUUGCUACUUUCUGUUGUUGUUACUACUUAUUAAAAAACACAGAGAAAGUAUACUAAGUGUAUUUGCUUAUGAAACAAUUCUUGAAAUCCUUAUAUUUGUCAAAAACGUGUUUUUUUUUUU